CGUGCGCGGCUACCGUUAACGGUCGUACUUGCUUCCAAUUGUCGAUCUUCAUCUGUCAGCUUCUACAUUCCUUAUCGUUACCGUCAAAUCUAACAUAGACCUGGUACAAACAGGUUCUCUUCCGAUCCGUCCGGACCGCUGGAAGAACCAAGGAACAAACAUGUAGAGAGAUCUCACAUGUUUUGCUGGGAAUCCAAUGGAACCAGAAGUACGGGGUGUAAGGCCGCCUGCUCGGCAGCAGCAUCUAACCACAUCAGUGUGGGUCUGGAGUCACAUGUAGGUCAAACAAGGGUAUAUAAACAGGUCAUCGCUGAGAAGUUGUACUUACAAUUAAUUCCGUUUGAAGGAUGGGUUCUAAUAAGAGAGUAAGUAGAACUGAACGGAAUGGCAGGUAUGGAUCUGAUCAGAUAAAGGACCGAGUGGAAUUCAGAGAGCGGAGGGACAGGAGCUCAAGAGGCGCAGAUCGGGACUAUGAUUACAGAAAUUCUAGUGACGAUCGCCGUAAUCGUCGACAUCAAGACCAUCGAAACUCUGAGAGUUCUGAAGUUGGGAGAUAUCAAGAAAGAAGAAGCAGCGAUAGGUCAGAUGGUGGUUACCAUUCAGAUGGUGACUAUAGGGAUCCAGAUCGGAAUGACCUGAAUAAUGAAAAAGAAAGCAAAACUAUUAUGCUGCGAGGACUUCCCUCAUCUACGACAGAGGAUGAUAUUCGAGCAGUUUUAGAGCCUUAUGAUGGAGUUCAGCCCAGAGAUGUGCGACUAAUGAGGAGCAAAAUGUCAGGUCAAAGCCGUGGUUUCGCCUUCGUGGAGUUUAAUCACUUGCAGGACGCAACAAGAUGGAUGGAAGCCAAUCAGAAACAUCUGACUAUUCAAGGGAAGUAUGUUACCAUGCACUACAGCAAUCCACGACCAAAGGCCUAUGAGGAUUGGCUUUGUGGCAAGUGCGGCAUAUAUAACUUCAAGAGGAGAGAAAAAUGUUUCAAAUGUGGGGCAUCAAAAUCUGAGUCUGAACAGGAUCAGCAUCCUACAUCAGUUGAAGUUCAGCAAUCGCUUGAUUACUACAGUGACACUGUCAUUUUGAGAAACAUUAGUUCCCACACCUCGGUGGAGUCCAUCUUAAGUGCCCUUUCGCCAUACGCUGCAUUAUCUCUCUCCAAUAUUCGGCUGAUUAAGGACAAGCAAACCCAACUGAACAGGGGAUUUGCUUUUGUACAGCUUGCUUCUAUUGUGGAGGCGUCUCAGCUUCUUCAGAUACUGCAGUCCUUGCAGCCACCACUGAGCAUUGAUGGCAAAACUAUUGGUGUUGAUUUUGCAAAGAGUGCAAGGAAGGAUCUCUUCCUUGGCGAUGGAAAUCGGGUCAAUGCCAUGACUGUUGCAAGUACAGCAAUUGCUGCAGCUCAGUGGUCAUCAAGCCAGGCUCAACAGGGUUCAGAUCCAAUGGACUACAAUUAUCCCCCACCGUCUGGAGUGGAUAGCUAUGGCCAACCUUUUUCUCAGUACUCGCAGGAAUACCAGUACUUUCAACAAGGCUCUGUGGACCCCAGUCAACCACCACCUGUCACAUACCAGGCAGCAGCUACUCUCACAGGUCCCGCUGCAAGUACUUCUGCCAGCACUCCUGUUUCACAGGUUCAGGUAUAUUCUAGAGGCGCACAAAGCUACCAGCAGAGUGCUCAGCAGGUAGAUGGUGGGCAACCAUCAACACCUGGUCAACAGGCUUCGGAUUCAAGUACUGCUUCUUCAGACUCCAAAUUGUCUGCACCUGAUGUUUCUAGUUACCAGUACGAUGAUGCAUCUGGAUUUUACUAUGAUCAGCAGACUGGGCUUUACUAUGAUCCUAACUCCCAGUAUUACUACAAUACACAGACUCAACAGUAUUUGUACUGGGAUGGAGCAAAGCAGAAAUACCUGCCUGCAUCAGAAUAUACUGCACAGCAGAAUGCUGCUGCUGCUAGUGCAGCUAAUAAAGAUGGUAAAGAGAAAAAAGAGAAACCGAAGAGCAAAACAGCACAACAGAUUGCCAAAGAUAUGGAGCGGUGGGCUAAGAGUUUGAACAAACAGAAAGAAAAUUUCAAAACCAGCUUUCAACCCAUUGGGGGUCUUCGAGAGGAUGAGCGGAAGGAGUCUGCAGCAGCAGAUGCUGGCUUUGCAUUGUUUGAGAAAAAGCAGGGCAUAUCAACAGAGAGAUCACCAACAACUGUUGAAGUCUUAAGGAGGUCUUCAGCACCAGAUGAAGAGGACUAUGUGCUUAAGAGAAAAACAAGCCCACAACAAGGCCUUGUGGCUGCUUACAGUGGAGAAAGUGAUACUGAAGAAGAACAGGAAAAAACAGAGGAUGGAGAGGAGAAACUAACAGAUUGGAAGAAAAUGGCCUGCCUUUUGUGUAGAAGGCAAUUUCCUAGUAAAGAAACACUCAUCAGACAUCAGCAACUCUCUGAAUUGCACAAGCAAAAUUUGGAGAUUCACAGAAGAGCGAAAAUGACAGAUACAGAACUUGAAGCUUUAGAGAAGACCGAACGAGAGAUGAAAUACAGAGACAGAGCAGCAGAGAGGAGAGAGAAAUAUGGAAUCCCAGAACCUCCAGAGCCCAAGAGGAAAAAGUUUUUUGCACCCCAAGUUGUUGAUUUUGAGCAGCCAACUAAAGACGGCAUUGGUAGUGAUAAUAUUGGAAGCCGAAUGUUGCAAGCCAUGGGCUGGAAAGAAGGUUCAGGACUCGGUAGAAACCAACAAGGCAUUACUGCGCCAAUUGAGGCACAAUUAAGAAUGAAAGGAGCUGGACUAGGAACACGUGGAAGCUCUUAUGGUGUCAACACAGCAGAUACCUAUAAAGAUGCUGUUCGAAAAGCUAUGUUUGCCAGAUUCUCAGAAAUGGAAUAAUGUUCCUUGUGUUGUAAAUAUUGUAAAUAAUGUUACUGUGAUUGUUUUGUUGUGCCAAGAAAGAAUGUAUGUGCAUCAACUUUUUUCACUUUUUUCCUGCUUUGGUUAAAUUUGUAAGUUUAUCAAUAACAACCACAUUUUAGUCUUUUAAAUUAUGACCUUGUAAAGCUGGAGGGUUAUAGUGAGCGUGUGAUACAAGCAAAAGCUGUGUGUGAAAUUUGCUACAAAACCAGCAACAUGUACAUUCUGUAUUAUAGUCAACACCCUUUGUACAGAUUCUGGGUAGGAGUUGCAAACUGCAUUAUUUCAAAGCAUUGUUCUUCCUUUCUUUAUUCCCUCAAUAAACAAACUCCUUGGUGCUAA